GUCAGCUUACAUGUCUGGACGUGGUCCGCCCGACGUAGCACGACAAAAAAGCGCCAGUUUUUGAUCAGAUAGGAAGUUUUUGUUUCAUGCCAUGUUGAAAUAGACAUCAUCAUCAUUACUACGAAAAGCAUGGGAAUCAAAGGGCUCCUUCCGCUUUUGCACUCGGUCCAGGAGGACAAGCACAUCCGGGAGUUCGAAGGGCAAACCGCGGGCAUCGACGGCUAUGUGUGGCUCCACCGGGCAGCCUACAGCUUUGCCACGGAAUUGGCGCUGGUGGAGCAGGAAGAAAAGGAUCUUGGGGACGAGCCGCAAGAAGAACCAGGAGUCUGUCAACAACAUUUUGUCUCUUCCUCCUCCACGUCGGAACAGGAAAAUGAGCAAAAAAACCCCGCGACGAGGACCGCAGAUGAAUCUGAGAAGUGUGCCAGUAGCACCAGCGCCGUGUCGGUGUCGCCUACUGUCUUGUCGCCACGGAAGAUGCGGAUCUACGAAAAGAUGGCACAGUUUGUGGUGAAGAACUACUGCCAAAAGUUGAUGGCCCACGGCGUGCAGUGCCACGUGGUGUUUGACGGUGGCUUUCUCCCGAUGAAAGAGAAGGAGGAGAAACAGCGCGACGCGGGGCGGCGGAAGAAUCUGGAGAAGGGCUUGGAAUUGUACUUCCAGAAAAACGACAAGGAGGGCGCCUUCAAGGCCUUCGCUUCGGCCUACGACAUCGUGCCGGAAAUGGCCUCCGUGUGCUGCAAGCUCUUUCAGGUGUACGGCAUCGCCUACACGGUGGCGCCCUACGAGGCGGACGCGCAGCUCAGCUGGUUGAUGGAAAACAAACGCGUGGACUUUCUGAUCACCGAGGACAGCGACCUGCUCGCGUUCCACCCGCGGAACCGCGUCUUGUACAAGUUGGACUUCUCCUCCAUGACCGGAAAAUUCGUCGCGCUGCAAUCAGCGGAGGACUUCGAAAAAAGGAUUAAGGAUUCCGCGUUGGAAAAACUGUUCGUGGUUCCAGACCAGCACGCUAAGCUUAGUACUUCUACGCGCGGGGGCCAACAGCACCCCGGUUCUUUAUCGGAGAAUUCGGAGACGGAGACACGGUUCGAAUUUUACCGGAGGCUGUUCCUUGCGGCCUGCAUCCUCUUGGGCUGCGACUACGGGGACACGACCAUCCCCAAGGCCGGCCCGAAGAAGGUCUGUGACCUGGUGGCCAAGGCGGGCUACGAUCCCGAGAAGAUCGCGAAGUGCGCGCGCUUCGACGGCCUGGAUGUGGGCAAAGAUUUUGUGAAGAAUUUUGCCAAGGCCUGGCUCUGUUUCCACCACCAGACCAUUUUCGCGACCGGGCCGGACCCGGCGCAGGAGAACCGGCUCACGGCUCUGCGCGAGGUCGCGGACUGUAGUACUUCUAAAGCAGGAGCUUUUGCGCACUAUGCGAAGGGGAGCCGGAAAAUUUUCGAGAAUUUGGCUCACCCGGAGGAGAUGCUGGUUUCCUUCUGUGGGCGGCGGUACGACGCGGAAACGGCGCGCGAAGUGGCAAAGGGCAAAAUGCAUCCGGUCACCUUUCGAAAAAUUCACCUCGUGUCCACGGCGGCGGCGAGCGGUUCUGGUUCUGGUGCGGUUCUCUCCUCUGCGGGAGGUUCGACGAGGAAUGAUACUUCGAGUGCUAGUAGCUCUUUCACCGCGUCCCGCCCCGCGCUGCCGGCCCGCAUUAUCGCGACAAAAGUGCGGAAGAACAACAAUAGCGCGAGAGGUGGUGGGAAGAAAAAAGACGAAACAAAUCCGGAUCCCAACCAGAUCAGUAUUCUGUCCUUUUUCAAGCCGGUGGCGUUGACAAACCGGACCGAGAAGCAGCAAAAGGAGUUAAGUUUGCAGAAGAAAAGGACGGCCGGUGGUACGUCUGCAUCGGUCGGUAAUGGGAAGAAAGAUGAAGUAGGUCCUUCUACGAAGCGACGGAAGCUUGAUGUCGGCACGACCGGUGAAGAAGAGAACCAAUCCUCAUCCGAGCCGUACGUGCCCCGCCGUUUUCGCGGCCGGCAAGAAGAGGAACUGCGCACCUAUCUCGCAGAGGAGGGGGGAGGGACGGACGCCGGACUGCACGCCUUCGAAGCACAAUUUGCUAACCAGAACGACGAGGUGGACGAUCAGGCACACCAUCACAGAGGGGAAGACCUGCGUGACACUGUUGGACCCCCCAAAGAACAAGUGGAACUGUCUAACCGCAGCGGUCCAAGUCGGAAUAGACAACCACAGCAGGAAAAGAAUAUACCUGGGCGAACUUCAUCGGUGGUGGCCGGGAAAAACGUGGCUCGCGAACAGGUGGACGAGAUUGGCAGUCCUGGCGAACAAGGGCAGCCUGAGCCCGGUGACGAAAGCCAGCACCUUCCUGACGGGGGGGCACCAGUGGUCGACACGGAUAUUCUUGUGGGAACAGACGGAAAAGAAAACGAUCAAAAGACCGUUAAUACGGCACAACGAGAACAAGGCAGCCUUUCAUCUUGUGCGCGUGGGCAGGAUCAUGUUGAGGCGGGCGAUGGGGGUUCUAAGAAUGAUAUCCAUGAGACAACGAGCGAGGUCGUCGGCGCGGCUGUCCCGUCUCCGGAAUCAGCGGGUUAUCUACGCGACGAUGAUGAUCCAGGUGAAAAGGAAGAAGAGCAGCUUCCUAUAGCAAGCGAACCGAACAGAAACAUUUUGAAGAAGCCCGGUGCGAAGAAGAAGCAAGGCGGUCCACGACCCGGAGGCAUUUCCUCCGAUGGAAAUAACCAGAUCGACGACUUUUUUUCCGCUUUCGCAUUUAACUCGCAGCAGUCUUCGCAGGGCACCCCUUUACGGGGAGGCAAUAAAGUCUUGAAGGCUUCGAAUAAACUGAGGCAAGGCAAGAUGAACAUGGUGAGCAAUAGGUCCACCUCGAAUUUCCAGCAGGGCAUGACAUCUGCAACCACUGGAGACGUCGACGGCGGACAAAAAGCGAAGCAGAAGGCACACAUCAAGCAAGACAAGACCACGGGUAAGGAACAACAAGUAGAAGCAGGUCAUGAUUCUCCACCACCACCUUCUGCAGCGAAGAAAAAAAUGGGCAAAGCCGGUGGGCGUGGCGGUGCGACGACGGCAAGCAAGAACAAAAUGAUGAACGCUGCUGGAUCCUCGCCCGCCGCGGCCGCGAGUGCGACGGAACUAGGAAAGCCAGCUUGCAGUCGGCCUUCACCACCAGGAACAGGACAAGCAUCUUCGGCUCCUGGCGUCGGAUUAUCCGCUUCGAGCCUUCAGUUCCUCGAAUCUCUGGGCUGGAGCAAGCCGAAACCCUCGCAGUGA